AUGCAGCGCACCCAUCUUCCCGGUGUGUUCAACGGAAAAAAAAAAAAGAAUCACACUCUUCAUGUUGAGUACAACACCAAGUUUUUGAAGCGCUACAGGAGAAGACCUUGAUUCUUUGAGUUCGUGGUGAGCGACAGUAAGUCUUGAGAAUGGCUUUGGUGGUGACGGGGUCUUGGUGUAUUUGGCGGGGUAAAAGACCGGUCUCCCGCAAACCCCCCACCAAAGUUUUGACGGCACUGACAUUCAGGUUCGCGUUGAGGAGGGGUGUUUUUGCUCCCCUCAGGCCUGAGGAUGUGAGGCCUGGGAGAUGGCUUCUGCCUCAGGCGAUCAGCACGGACCAGAAGGUGUGCAUGUGCGAACCCUCUAUAGGGUGCCAAAUUAGCUUAGACUUUCGCCUUCGGGCAUUUGGUCAAUUUGAAACGAUACAGAGAAGAUGUAAGAUUAUUCCCGAAGUCCCCAGUUCGAAUCACGAAGCAGUCACUGACUUCCUUCACAGUAGCAUGGCCCCUGCACUAAGGAUGACACGCUCAAUCAAAGAGAAGCUACCAAUUUUUUUGAGCUUUUUUCUAUGACUAAAAAUUCUCGUUGUGCAAUUGAAUGUGUUUUUUCUUGACGGGAUUUCUACUUGGG